AGCAGUGGGUUAUCUUUGUUGUGUUUCUUGUUUGGAGAGUGGACAUUGUUUUUGGUUUCUUGUGUCACGGUGAGUUCAGGAUGUCGGCACAAAACAGUGAUCAACUGCAUCGCAGCACCCUGGGCAUUUAUACAAACAUAAUGGAGCAGUUUAACCCGGGCCUGCAGAAACUGGCGGCGCUGGGAAACAGCUAUAUUCAGGCUUUCCAAGCUCUUGCUGUUACAAGUGAGACCUAUUUCAACGCUUUGGCUAAGAUGGGUGAACAAGCCAUGCAAAGUAUGUCCUCAAGUUUGCUGGGUGAUGUGUUGAUACAGAUCUCUGAGAAUCAGAGGAGACUCACCAGUGAACUGGAGGGAGUGUUCCGUUGGUUUCACUCUGAGGUCCUGCAGGAGAUGGAGCACAACGUCAGGUUGGAUAAAGAGUACAUAUUAGCCAGUAGGAGGCAAUAUGAUAUGGAGGUGAGAAACCAGGCAACUGCACUGGAGAGGCAAAUGAGGAGAGGGGUUCCACAGGACGGCAGUGAAUAUGUACGUUUCCUGAGGGAAAGUCAAAAAGAUGCGUUAAGGGAGGAAGAAAGAAGAUAUCGAUUCCUGGCAGAGAAACACUGUGGUCUCACAAAGUCUAUUGCCUAUCUCAUGAACAAGACAGGGGGCACUCUACAGAGCAGAUCGGAGGAGUGGAAAGAUCUGGUGAAUCACACAAGAGAAUCCCGUCCACGCACUCCUUUACGACUAGAUGAUAAUAUUGUUGAUGGUAUUAAUCGUUUGGCAGAGCCGCUGGGCAGAGUUCCCUCUAGAGGCCCCUCCCCUCAGCCCAGUCAUUCAAACUCCAUCUCAGGAUUGACUGGAGGAAGAGUGAUGCGAGCGCUGGUGUCUCACCCUGCCGCAGCAAACCCCACCCUCCUGCCGUUCAACCGGGGAGAAACCAUAAGUUUAUUUGUUCAAGAGCCAAGGAACGGCUGGCUGUAUGGCCGGUGUGAUAGUUCCGGACGGCAGGGCUGGUUCCCAGCUGCUUAUGUAGGUCCCGGAGACGAGCCACCUGGACCACCUGCCUCCAGCUCUCUUAGAGGCAGCAGCAGUAUGAGUAACAUCUUCGACCAACCCACGAGCAGCAGCCACUAUGUGGCUCCGCCCCCACCGCCUCCUCCACCUCAAUCAACCAAAUCCAGCGUGUCACGGCCAGUCACGCCCACCUAUUCAGAAAACAAAAGACAACAAGAAAACGUUGGAUCUCAACCACAACUUUUUCCAAGAGGCACAAAUCCAUUUGCCACUGUGAAGCUGAAACCCACAAGAACCAACGACAGAUCAGCUCCACGUGUUUAAAAACAAGUCCAACCAAUGACAGAUCACCAACCAUUCUUAAAGGGAUAGUUCAACCAAAAUAAAAAAAUCUGUCAUUAUUUACUCAUCAUCUUGUCAUUUCAAACCUGUAUGAUGGGCAGAACACGAAAGAAGAUAUUUUGAAGAAUGCAAGUAACAAACAAUAGUGGUCCAUAUUGACUUCUAUUGUAUGGACACAAUGCAAGUGAAUGGAUACCGCUGUUGUUUGGUUAGCAACAUUCCUCAAAAUAUCUUCUCUUAUGUUCUGCCCGUCAUACAGAAGAAAUGAAGUCAAUCUCUUUAAGCUCCACAACCAAUGGCAGAUCAGCGCUACAUAUUUUACAUCGUUUAAGCAUUCAUGUUCAAUGACAUUCAUUUCACACUUUAUUCCUAUCAGUAAGGAUAAUGUGACUUGGCAGUGAUCGAUGGCUGGUCUUAAAGCCCAUUAGAAUGAGUAGUUACUACAUGAAGCCGUUUGACUUUGAAGGGCCAAUCUGUAAUUUCUUUAUCUGUACUUUGCUGGAGGUCCGGCAAUUUUUGCUUUAAAGCAGCAAUACGACUACUUUAGAUAUCAUUGGUGACAUUUGUGUUUUCAAACAUAAUUUCUUGGUUGGUCUGUUUAACUGUUGAAUGAGAUCUUUGAUCUAAAUCUAGAUCAAAUCUAAAUGGCAGAAGUCUGAUUUUAAGUUAAAUUUAUAUAUUAGUCCUCAUAUCUUUAUUUACAUUGUUUAGAAUUAGCAUUAUAUGUCAUAGCCUAUCUUUAAGUAUCAAAUGUUGUUACUAAUGCACUUUAAAAUGUAACGCAUUCUGUAUGUUGCCCUCUGUGAUGUUUUAAUUAUACAGUUGUAUGUGGUUUGAACUCUGACCCCUAUCUAUCGUUUUCUAUCCCGCUCUGUGCGUGAACUCUGUCUUGAAGCUCACGUAAUUCAUCAGACGUGCCCAAUUAUGCUGCUCUUAAAUUGGGUGUUCUGUCUGUUUAAGUGCCUAUGAAGUGAAUGUUCUUUUUAACCUUGACAGUAAUUGGCGAAUUUUUCUACCAAGGUGUCAAACCCAUUAGCGCAAACUCAUUUGUAUGGAUGUUUCUGAGGUGCAUCACAUCAGAGAUGUUUUUGAGAACAUUUUCUUUAAUUGGUGCAGAAUUGUUUUAUUAUGAGUGCCCUUAUUGUAACGAUUCCUUGUGUGGCAUGCCUGGUGAAAAAAAGGGGAAAUAUAUGCACGCUACAGGAGUUCUUUCUGUUCUUACAGUUCUUCAGUUGUAUCUCCUUGUGAGAUAAAACCAAAGUAAAGCAUUGCAUUUAUUACAUUUCGAAAGUAUAUAAUAAAAAUUCAUCCAUUUCUUUGUAA